AUGGCAAGUAGUGGAACGACAAAAAUAUGCGAAGCGGAUGGAGGUGCAUGUAAGAAAGAAAUCCGAGCUUUCUGCUUCCAUUGUUCGAAAAAUCUCUGUCGUGCUCAUUUGAUACAACAUACGCAAUUAAUGGAAGAAAAUACUAGCGCUCAAUUGAAUAUUUUGGCUGACAAAUUCAAUGAACUGAUAUCGAGAUUUGAACAAGUUCCGACGUCGAUGGACAUGCUUGCAGAGCCUUUUCGACAGUUAGAGAAAUGGCGUGCUAAAGCACAUCAGAGAAUAGAUGAAAUAGCAGAUAAAAAACGCCAAGAACUUAUCGAUGAGUGUGAAAAGUACCAAAAAGCUUUAUUGGUGAAAAAAGAAGAAGAACUAAUGAAAAUCAAAACUAAUAAAAUAUUGAUUGCUGAAUUGAUUCAAGAAGCCGAUGCAUCCGCUAAACAAAUAGCCGAUCUGCAGAAGUCUAUUGCUUUUGCCGAGCAAUAUUUAAAGACGAAUAAUCAACCUACAAUUGGUGUCAUUGCCGAUCCAGUGAGCUGUUCUGUUGAUAUAUGUGUUGGAUCCCGCAAUAAUCAUAUCAACGAUAACACAGAAAUACGACUGUUCCAAGUUCAUUAUAUUCGCUUGAAUGGCAAUAUAAAAAACUAUGAUGUUCAAGCUGGUAUCAACACCACAAUGAAAAACCUUAUUCAAAAUUUUAUUGAACAAUACGAUACAAUAGAAAAUAGUACGAAAGCUUAUGCAAAUGAACAUAUGCCAAAGUUUGAUUACAUUUUACCAGUCGAUGUUUAUGAUCAUCGUGUUCAUCAACAGUUUACUGACACCACCGCAAUAAGCAGUAUACCAAAUUAUGUUCAGCUCGUCUUUUACGAAACUCCUUUUUCAGUAAGCUAUCCAAGCAACUCACGCAUUCUCAUGCCUUGCUCAUUUCGGCGAGUGAAUUCAAAUCGUAUCGGCUGGCCUAUUUAUUUGAAUGUACCUCGGAGAGGAUGCCGGACUCAAGAUGUACAAGAUGCUUUACAACAGUCAUUGGACAUAUUCUUGUCGAGUGGUAGUUCCAGGCAACGGCCGUCAUAUGGUCUAUACUUAGAAACGAUUGUCAAUCAUGUACUUACGACUAUCAAAUUCAGUGAAAUAGUACACAAUCAACUGGAUUUUAACAGAGCACAGGUAUCAUUAGUGAUCGAUAUGGAGUACAGAAAUAUUGAUUAA